AUGGGAUCGAUCCUUCUGAAUCUACCGCGGUCGGAUCGAAUUGAUAGCUCCUACACGAUGCUGGGAAGCUCCAUCAAUCCAUCGGAAUCUGUUUAUCGGACCUCAUCUCACCAUCCGUCGUCACAGCUGGAGACCGGAAGCUCCAGGUCUACGUCCGCGACCACUACCCCCACCUCGUCCAAGGCCCCGCCAUCAACGUCUGCCGCUGGCUCUGCUCGCCUGCACUCCCACCCACCACCAUAUGAUGUGCCGGCCUACAUCACCCGUCAAUCUCACAUCAACUCCCUUCCUUCCACCCGGGCGUCUUCAACUACCCCAGGGCCAACCCACACCCCUCCCCAUUCGGUCUCAAUGAGCUCGACCACCGCCAGCCACACACAUCACCCCGAAUCUUCCUUCCAGUCGACUCCACACACCUCUAACCGAUUCGGAGAUGUCGGCCAGACAGCCACGGAGCCGACACUGGUCGCUUCAUAUAGCCACUCAUCACCCGCGUCGCCGCGGUUGAGGCCGACAUUUCAGUCGCUACGCUCUCUUGGAGGCUCCGAGGCCAGUUCGCCGAGUCGCAUCAAAGUUCGUGACCUGUCUCAUAUACAGAGCUUCGCCAGCGAAGAGUUUUUGGCGCAGUCGCAGAGGAGUCAGGCGCCCGGGUCAUGGUACCAAGAGCGCCAGUAUGAAAUCAGUUCCAUGCCGGUCACGGAUAUCAUUGAGAUGGUUGCGGGGCUCCUGACGAAAAUCACCACCACCAACGACCUGCACCACGAGCAUGUCCAUCGACAUAUUCCGCCACCUGAUAGCACGGCCAACCUCAGCCCACAAGCUACCAGCGUACUUGCUUUUCAUGGCAAAAACGUACCGAGUAUCACUAUUCUCAGUUACCUAACGCGUAUCCACAAAUAUUGUCCCACCACCUACGAAGUUUUCCUCAGCCUAUUGGUAUAUUUCGAUCGCAUGACGGAGUUAGUGAACAAGGGCCAACUUGAGCGCCUGCAGCGCCGCUGGGACCGUGGAGCAACCGUGCACACUGACCCAUCCAGGUCGAGGUUUUCUGAUUCGUCGACCGGUCAUACACAAGCGUCCCCAAUGGUCACUCCGCCAUCAUCGACCGGGAUGCGAGCGCAGGAUCCAAAGAGUCCAUCCUCCAUUUCACCGUCUCUUUACCCUCAGGACGAGAACGAAGGCCUCGGCCAUUUUUUCGUCGUCGAUAGUUUUAACAUUCAUCGGCUGGUCAUCGCGGGCGUGACUUGUGCCAGUAAAUUCUUCUCUGAUGUUUUUUAUACUAAUUCUCGAUACGCAAAGGUCGGAGGGCUCCCCCUCGUCGAACUAAACCAUCUCGAACUUCAAUUUCUCCUCCUGAACGAUUUCCGCCUCUCAAUCUCCGUUGAAGAACUCGAAGCGUACGGUACGAUGCUGGUGGAGUUCUACGCUCGAGAAAUUAUAGCCCAGCAGCAGCAACAGCAGGCACAGAAUCCAGUAGUGCCUCGUCCGAUGGACCCAUCCACGGCUACCGAUUCCCAGUCGGACGGGAUGUAUAUGCGAUCUCGCGAUAAUCGCCGAGCCGACCAGCCAGAGGUCCGCCAGACACCUACGCCCCCGUAA